CGCGGCCCAGCAGCGCGGCGCCCAGAGCGCGGGCCGCCCGCCGAGCCCCGCCGAGCCGAGCCCCCAGCGCCCGCAGCCAUGCCGGCCGGCCGCGCCGCGCGCACCUGUGCGCUGCUCGCCCUCUGCCUCCUGGGCGGCGCGGCCCAGGAUUUCGGGCCGACGCGCUUCAUCUGCACCUCGGUGCCCGUGGACGCCGACAUGUGCGCCGCGUCCGUGGCCGCCGGCGGCGCCGAGGAGCUCCGGAGCAACGUGCUGCAGCUCCGCGAGACCGUGCUGCAGCAGAAGGAGACCAUCCUGAGCCAGAAGGAGACCAUCCGCGAGCUGACCACCAAGCUGGGCCGCUGCGAGAGCCAGAGCACGCUGGACGCGGGCACCGGCGAGGCCCGGGCCGGCGGCGGCGGCGGCGGCGGCGGCCGCAAGCAGCCGGGCUCGGGCAAGAACACCAUGGGCGACCUGUCCCGGACGCCGGCCGCCGAGACGCUCAGCCAACUCGGGCAAACUUUGCAGUCGCUCAAAACCCGCCUGGAGAACCUGGAGCAGUACAGCCGGCUCAAUUCCUCCAGCCAGACCAACAGCCUCAAGGAUCUGCUGCAGAGCAAGAUCGAUGACCUGGAGAGGCAGGUGCUGUCUCGGGUGAACACUCUGGAGGAGGGAAAGGGUGGCCCCAGGAACGACACGGAGGAGAGAGUCAAGAUCGAGAGCGCCCUGACCUCCCUGCACCAGCGGAUCAGCGAGCUGGAGAAAGGUCAGAAGGACAACCGUCCUGGAGACAAAUUCCAGCUCACAUUCCCACUGCGGACCAACUACAUGUACGCCAAGGUGAAGAAGAGCCUGCCGGAGAUGUAUGCCUUCACGGUGUGCAUGUGGCUUAAGUCCAGCGCCGCGCCCGGGGUGGGCACCCCCUUCUCCUACGCCGUGCCUGGCCAGGCCAACGAGCUAGUUCUCAUUGAGUGGGGCAACAAUCCCAUGGAGAUCCUCAUCAACGACAAGGUGGCCAAGCUGCCCUUUGUAAUCAAUGAUGGCAAGUGGCAUCACAUCUGUGUCACCUGGACCACCCGGGACGGGGUCUGGGAAGCCUACCAGGACGGCACCCAGGGUGGCAACGGCGAGAACCUGGCACCCUAUCACCCCAUCAAGCCCCAGGGUGUGCUGGUGCUGGGCCAGGAGCAGGACACCCUGGGUGGUGGGUUUGAUGCCACCCAGGCGUUCGUGGGCGAGCUGGCCCAUUUCAACAUCUGGGACCGCAAGCUGACCCCCGGGGAGGUAUAUAACCUCGCCACCUGCAGCACCAAGGCCCUCUCCGGCAACGUCAUCGCCUGGGCCGAGUCCCACAUCGAGAUCUACGGCGGGGCCACCAAGUGGACAUUCGAAGCCUGUCGCCAGAUCAACUGAGGCUCCUGGCGGCCGAGCCUCCCGCCCCUCGGGCCGGCCCGCCCGCCUCCCCCCUGCUUGUGCGGUGGCGACCCGUCUUGUGUCUCCUUCUCUCCCUCUCCCCAGGAGCGACUCAGGCCCUCCCCCUCGCACGCGCUCGCACGCAGCCUGGUUUGUCCUUGUGCCCGGGAAGCAGGUCCGGCUGUCCCCCCCCCCAGGAGCCCGCGCCCCGGGCCUCAGGCCUGCUCGUGCUCCCGCGGGCGCGGUGUGGACGUAGGUGAGAGAGCGUGUGUGUCUACGGGUGUGUGUCUGUGGGGACGAGCGAGGUGGUCUGUGUGCUGCGGGGAGAAUCUCACGACUGGUCAGAAGACUCUAGUAGCUGCCCGCGGGCCCCCGUGGGUGGCCCGUGUGGCUUCUUCAACACACGCGCUUGUCUUUGUUUGCAAACCUUUUCCGGGGGCGCAGUUCUCCACCGGUAAAAUAAAUGUCUUCUGGUGGUUUGUUUGCUCGGG